UAGUAUUUCUAAAUUGUAACUUAAAUAAUACUAUCACAAGAAAAAUGUAAUCUCAAAAACCUAUCAACGUUCGCCACGUCAAACCUACCGCUGCUCGAGUACACCCACACGCACCGUAGAAGCCCCCACCCCCAUCUCCACCCUGUGUCCGCGGCGGCGCAUUCUAGCCUCCUCCACCAUCACCCCACACUCGCCAAAAAUGGCGGUUAUGACUCACACGCCCGCUCUGAGCUCCCAUGUCCCACCCAUGACCCUCUCCAAACUCCGCCCCCUUCGCCACCUCUCCCACCACCUCCGCCGCCGCAGCCUCGCCGUAUCCGCCGCCGGCGUCCGCCAGGAUACGACUCUCUGGACCCCGACGCCGCUGCUGAAAAUCUCUCCUGCCGCCGAAUCGCUCUUCAGCGUCACCAUCGACGUCUCGGAAUCCCCCGAACUCGCCGCCUCUUACACGAAGGCCGGACAGUAUUUACAGCUCCGCCUUCCGGAUCCUGAAUCCAAGCCCUCGUUCCUCGCAAUUGCAUCACCGCCGUCGGCCGCCGCGUCCGACGGCGUGUUCGAGUUUUUGGUGAAAUCAGUCGCCGGAUCAACGGCCGAGCUCCUCUGCGGGCUCCAGAAAGGUGAUCUCGUGGAGCUGAGUUCGGCCAUGGGAAAAGGAUUCGAUAUCGACCAAAUCUCUCCACCUGAAUACUAUCAGACCGUGCUAAUUUUCGCCACCGGAUCGGGAAUUAGCCCCAUUCGGUCAUUAAUUGAGGCAGGCUUUGGUGCUGAAAAGAGAUCUGAUGUGAGACUCUAUUACGGAGCUAGAAACCUUAACUGGAUGGCAUAUCAGGAGAGGUUUAAAGUCUGGGAAUCUUCGGGAGUCAACAUUGUACCCGUGCUGUCUCAACCUGGUGAUAGUUGGACAGGGGAGAGAGGCUAUGUACAGGAUGCUUUAGCUAGAAACAAAAAGAUCAUCAACCCUCAGUCUACUGGUGUGGUGCUCUGUGGCCAAAAGCAGAUGGCUGAGGAGGUGACCUCUAUUGUUGUGGGUGAUGGAGUGUCGAGUGAAAAGAUUUUGAAGAAUUUUUGAGGUUUGAGGUGCCUUGUUGUAUUAAUUUUGGGUUACUGUAAAAUCACCAUUCAUCUUCAGCAUCAAUGGAUCUGCUGAAAACAGAAGUAGGGGUUAAUUAUGAUCAUCGUGUAUUUAAAAUAAAAUCAGUUAAUGAUCAUCCCAAUAUCGUCUUUUGUUUCAA